AGUCCCUACAAUUUUACUAUUAUUCAAAAUUACUGUCUUUGUUGUAUGGUCGGUUUCAGAAACCUCGGCAGAACCCUCGACUCUGCUUACCGUACGCCCAAAAUCCGAGAGAUCGGAAAAGGAAGUGCGUAAAGCCUCAAUGGCAGCCGCGACCGACGCCGUCGAGUCCUUCAAACCCUAUCGCCUCAAGCACUCCCUAUCGGGCCACAAGCGUGCCGUUUCCUGCGUCAAAUUUUCCGACGACGGCCGUUUUCUCGCCUCCUGCUCCGCCGACAAGACCGCUCGCACUUACUCCGUGUCCUCACCCGAGGCUUCGCACAACGAAUUCCAUGGCCACGAGUUCGGCCUAUCGGACCUUGCUUUCUCGUCCGACUCCCGCUUCCUUGCCACCGCCUCCGACGACCGUACGGUCCGGCUCUGGGAUGUGGGGACUGGGUCGCUUUUGAAAACCCUAACUGGCCACAGUAAUUACGUUUUCUGCGUCAAUUUUAACCCCCAAUCAAAUCUGCUUGCUUCCGGUUCCUUCGAUGAGACCGUCCGAAUUUGGGAUGUCAAGUCUGGGAAGUGCUUGAAGGUGCUACCUGCUCACUCCGACCCUGUUACUGCGGUUCAUUUUAAUCUGGAUGGAUCCUUGAUUGUUUCGAGCAGUUAUGAUGGACUGUGCAGGAUUUGGGAUGCUUCGACUGGUCAUUGUAUGAAAACACUCAUUGAUGAUGAGCAUCCGCCUGUUAGCUUUGUGAAAUUCUCACCCAAUGGAAAAUUUAUUCUGGUGGGAACGCUGGACAAUACUUUGCGACUCUGGAAUUUUUCCACAGGGAAGUAUCUAAAAACAUACACUGGCCAUGUCAACACCAAGUACUGCAUCUCCUCGACAUUUUCCAUAACAAAUGGGAAGUAUAUUGUGAGCGGUUCCGAGGACAAUUGUGUUUACCUAUGGGAGCUGCAGUCUCGGAAAAUAGUUCAGAAGCUAGAAGGUCAUACAGACGCCGUGUUAUCUGUGUCAUGCAACGCAAAUGAGAACAUGAUCGCGUCUGGUGCUCUCGACAACGACAAGACAGUAAAGAUUUGGACCCAAGACGAGGAUUGAUUCAUUCCUUUGCCGCUACUAUCUCCGGUCCUCUCUCUCUCUCUCUGUAGUGCAGAAAGUGUUUAUGUUUUAAUACAUGUUUUGAUUAUUGGGUGUCUAGCAUGCAUUGAAGUCUUGGCAUCUACUUGUAAUUUCCAACUAGUUUUAAUGGCUGAGUGUGACCUGACCUAAAGCUUUAACAUUGACUUGUUUUGGAAGCCCACAUUUUUGGUGUGGUGCAUAAGCAUUGUUUGUGCUGAUACAUGGGUGUGUUUGUUUGGGUGUUUGGAUUUUGAGUUGGGAUUUGAAUAGUAAAAAUUUUGAAUUUGAAUAAUUGUAUAAAUGUGAUAUAAAUAGGUGAUGAUGUCAUGUUUUGAAUGUAAAAUUGAUUUUUAGUAUAAUAUAAAAAAUGAAAAAUAGGUGUUUGAUUUGAUAUUUUUUUGGGGAAAAAAUUGGAUGAAUAGUGUAAAUCCAAUCCAAUCCCCAAACAAACACACUCGAGAUGGAUUUGGAAAAAUAUUGGGCUAGGGUUGCUAGAUUUGAUUUCAACGCAUAUAAUUCAUUCACUUCUACGCUUAGAUCUCCAGAGAGAGAAAAAGUAAGUAUCAGGUGUUACAUAUACGUAUAUAGAUAUGUUUGUCGUUGCCCGCGAGUUGAGCUGAGGAGAGAGAGGAGGUUGAGGACAGAACAGUGCGGCCAUAUAUAUGUAUGGAUGGAUGGAUAAGAGUGGUCGAACAGAGCAGAGCAGAUCGCCACACGCACAAAAUUGAAUAGAAUAAAAACUUGUUAAUUUGAGUCAUGGAAUCGGCGGCGGCAAUCGUCGAGCGAGCAUCGCAGGGCGGCGGCAAAAGGUGGAGACGCUCCUCCUCCUCCGAUCAUCAGAAUCAUCCUGAGAUUGAGGCGCGCGUGAGCGAGAGGACGGUCCUGAUAAAAAUCCAGUGCGAGAGGCAGAAAGGAAUUCUGGUCAAAGUACUCGCUGAGGUCGAGAAUCUCAACCUCUCUGUCGUCAGCUCCAGCGUCACAUCAUUUGGGGAUUCCGCCAUUGAUAUCACCAUUGUUGCACAGAUGGAGGAAGAAGCAAGCCUUGUCGGUAGGGACGUUGUGGAAGCUCUUCGAUCUCUUCUGCCCGAGGCUGCUACAGCACCAGCUGCCGUGAUCUGACUUGAAGCCGGGUCUUUGGAACCCUCCUUGCUUGAUCGGUCGAUCAAUUGCGUGUAAUAAAGCAAUUAAAUCCCAUAAUGGUAAAUUGACAACAUUGCCACUGUGUAUAGAGCAGCGUGAGCAGCUCAGCCAGCCAUUGGAUGCUCCUUCGCCUGCGACAAUUAUAUAAGUAUGUACACAUUUCCCUUACACUGAUGUCCUAGACUCGGAUUCUGCAUCCGCACUGUAAUGCAAGGGUAAGUAAUGCAAAUCAACGCCCAGAAUUCUAAACCUAGCUUAUUACGUUGAUGCCGAGCGGUCAUCCAUCGAUCUUUCUCCCUGGACAUUGUCGACGCACGCACGCGCAUAUAUACAUAUAUAUAUAUAUAUAUGUGUGUGUAUGUAUAUCAAUAUAUAUGUCGAUAGAUAUAUGGAUGGAUCCUAGCUAGCUCGGACAUUGUCUUCUCAGGCGGAUUGGAAAAGCCCUUCAUAUAUAUGGGAAACUUGGGAUUGUUGGGAUAAAUAAAUUAAGUAAUAUAUAUUCAGCUCAAGUGUCACGCAUGCAAAUGCACAUGUUAUAAUUUAAUCAUUUGUCGUUUGUUUCUUACAUGAACAUUGGACCCUGCUGCAUGGCCUCGCGUGCAUGUUUUAAAAAUUAUUAUUUUAUCUGUUAUUCAAAUUUAUUAUUAUUA